AUGUCAAAAUCAUUAAUCGAAGGCGUUUUCUGGAAUGUGAGGCGAUACCACACGAUUCAAAGAAUCUACGGAUCACCGACAAAAGCUGGCCAUUUAUUAGAAGAGCUUCGCGAAGAGUUUGAUAAUCUCCUACGGGAGACUCCUUGGCUUCGAAGCAAUAACGCCGUUGAGAAAUAUCGAGAAAAAUUGACAACAAUGCGAUUAUUCACUAUCGAUUUUCUGAUUUUUGGCUUGAAAGAAGGCUUAAAAGGAAUUAUCUCCGAUCUACGAUCGUUCAAUUCUUCAAACGGGAUGUUGACACUCAAAAAAAGUGAAAUUGUGAAAUUCGCUUCGCUUGGGUUUUAUGCAAUUUAUGCGCAAAGCGCUCCGGAGCCGCUUGGCGACCAAUUUAUGGAUGUUAUCUCGACACGAAAAUAUUCAUUGGCUAAUUUCAAAGACGGGCUUAUAGUCACCGACAACACUUAUGCUUUAUUGUCGCUUCAGAGCAACAUUGCCUCCAGAUAUGGAAGCUUUGGAUUCAAUAUUGCGCAUGAGAUUAUGCAUUCCUUCAUUUUCGAUCAACAUGACAAAUCGCCGUUGAAACAAUAUUCGACGCCAAACACCAAUUGUAUUCUGAGUCAGCAUUCGAAGACAUGCCAAAUGUUUCCAGAAGCGAAAUGCUCGACGACGAAUCGAACGUUCGAAGAAGAUGGAGCUGAUUUGAUGGGAUUCCGCCUAGUUUAUAACGUUUUUCGCAAAACCAAAAAUGCGAUUCGAAGAAAGAAAUUCUUGGAGCUAAUUGGCAAUGAGAAGCUGUUCUUCUAUGCAUUGGCAACCAUCCAAUGUGUGAAUCACCCAAAAAGAAUCGACACCAACGAUUUGCACUCAACAAAAUAUGCACGGGUCAAUAUGAUAAUGGCGCAAUCGGACGAGUUUGCGAAAGCAUUCAAAUGUAAGAAGACGGAUCGGAUGGUACGAAGCAAAGCGGACCAUUGCGAAUUAUACGGAGAACAUGGGCCGAUGACAAGGAAAUUGGUGUCACCAUUCGAUACUACUUUCGUGAACAACUCGAUCGAUCCAUGCGAAGAUUUCUAUGCGCAUGUUUGCCCGCAAAACGACUAUAGUUUUCGAGAAAGGCUCUAUUAUGAAUUGUCUGAUGAUGAUCAUCGAACUGAGCUUGAUUUCAUGACAAUCAAGGAUGUGGAUUUUCGGGUAACAUUCGAAGGAAAUGCCUCAUUAGCCGAGACGGAAUUAAUCGAAUUAUGUGAGACUCAAUUGGAAGAGUUCAAAAAAACUUUAUAUGUUUAUAUGAAGCGAGUGGCAAAGGAGAAGACUAGAAAACUUGACUGGAACAACAUGACGUGCACUUUAAUUGCAGAAAUGCUGAAAAAUGUCGAUUUUGAGAAUCUGGCAAAAAGGGCUCACAAAUGGAUUCGAGACGUUUUCAAUAAUGUUCGAAGGUAUUAUACGGUGAAACGAUUGUACGGAUCACCGACGAAAGCCGCGCACAUGUAUGAAGAUAUCAAAACUGAGUUGUUCGAAUUGCUCGAGAACACACCUUGGCUGAGAAGAUACAAUGCAACUGAGAUGUUCAAAACACAAUUGAAUCUAAUGAAAACUUACGAUUUCGGGUAUUUCGUCGAAGCGUUCGAAAAUCGUUUGAAGAGCGUCGUGCCGAAACUGAGAGAAUUGAAAGCCGACAAGGGUGUCGUUCGACUGGAACGAACUCAACUCGCCACAUUCGUUGCGUUGGGAUACGACGUGGUGUAUAUGCGAAAUUGUCCCGAACCAUUUCAGAAUUUCGCGAUGGAUUCAUUGGCAACUUCAAAACAUAAAUGCUCGACGACGAAUCGAACAUUUGAAGAAGAUGGGGCUGAUUUGAUGGGAUUCCGAUUGGCAUACAAUGUAUUCAAAAAAGCAAAAUAUGUGAAUCGAAGAAAAAUUUAUUUUGGGUACGCAGACGAAAUCGAUAAUGACAAAUUGUUCUUCUACUCAAUGGCAACUCAAUGGUGUGCACGGCGAUUGGUGAAGAAAAAAAGCGAUGGGGUGCAUUCGGUGAAAUACGCCAGGGUGAACAUGCAAAUGGCGCAAUUAGACGAGUUUGCGAAAACAUUCAAAUGUAAGAAGACGGAUCGAAUGGUACGAAGCAAAGCGGACCAUUGCGAAUUAUACGGAGAACAUGGGCCGUUGACAAGGAAAUUCGCGCAGAAUUUCUGA